AUGGAGGAUCCAACAGCGCCGAGUCUGAAUCUCACGCCGGAGGAGAAGCGCGUAUUUGGACAGCUGUUUCGACAGGCAGACUCAGAGAAUAUCGGAGUCGUUACAGGGGAGGUUGCGGUCAAGUUCUUCGAGAAGACAAGGCUGGAGCCGCGCAUUUUAGGAGAGAUAUGGCAAAUCGCGGACAAGGAAAAUAGGGGGCUUCUCACGCCUGCGGGUUUUGGGAUUGUAUUGCGGUUGAUCGGACAUUACCAAGCAGGCCGCGAUCCCACGCCCGACCUCGCCCUUCGCCCUGGGCCUCUCCCUAAAUUCGAUGGUGGAUCUGUGCCAGGAAUGAGCCCUUCCAUUCAAGCUCCCCCCGGUCCUCCGCCGAGUGCAUUACAACCUCAAGGAACUGGUUCCGGACCCAUUCGAGUUCCGCCUUUGACGCCCGAAAAGGCUGGGCAGUAUGCGCAGUUGUUCGAGAAGUCCGGUGCUCAAAAUGGGGUCCUCCCAGGAGAACAAGCAAAGUCGAUAUUUGAGCGUGCAGGACUACCAAAUGAGAUCCUGGGAAGAAUUUGGAACUUGGCAGACACAGAACUGAAGGGAGCACUGCAGGUCACCGAAUUUGUGAUUGCUAUGCAUCUGCUAGCAUCAUUCAAAGCUGGCGCUCUCCGGGCUUUACCAAACCUGCUUCCCGCUGGGCUCUACGAAGCUGCCUCGCGUCGACCUACUAGUAGACAAUCUUCGGGCGCCGGUGCGAUGUCAGCCAUUCCAAGACAGUUCAGCGGUACUGGGGCAGCCCGGGCAGGCAGCCCACUUAGUCGAUCUGCUUACACAGCUCCACAGCAGCUCCCUCAGGACACGGGCUCUGUUGGAGACUGGGCUAUUAGUCCAUCGGAUAAGCAGAAGUUUGAUAGCAUCUACAAUGGUCUGGAUAAGCUCAACAAAGGCUACAUUACGGGUGACGAGGCAGUCCCCUUCUUCAGCGAAUCGAAACUUCCCGAGGAGGUGCUUGCGCAGAUCUGGGACCUUUCAGAUAUUAAUUCUGUUGGCCACUUGACCAGAGACGAAUUUGCGGUUGCUAUGUACCUCAUUCGACAACAGAGAGGCAAGCGAGAUGGCAGAGAUUCGUUACCGAACGCCCUGCCAAACAACUUGAUUCCCCCUUCAAUGCGGCAUCAAGCACGAUCCACGUCUCUUGCGACAGCCCCCGAGUUUGAGGCUCCACCUCCCUCUUUACCAAAAUCGGCUGCUGAAGACUUGUUCGGUCUGGAUGCUUUGUCGACACCAGCCUCUCCCCCUGUCCAAGUACCCCUAUCAACCGGCGGAUCUGGUAACUUUGGUAUCAGUCGCCAAGUGGACAAUGACCCGUUCGGCUCACGAGGGCGAAUGACGCCUACAUCCCCAACAGCCAGCGCUCCGCCGAACGCAUCUGUCUUCAAACCUUUCGCGCCAUCUUCGUCGUUUGGUCAGAGUCUCAACUAUCAAGGAACGGGUGGCUCCAGUAGUUCUGCCCCUGCAACUCAAAGAGCUUUCCUGCCACAGGCAUCAGCUCAAGAAGAUCUGCUGGGUGACAAUGAUCCAGAGAUCAGCAAGCAGCUCACAAGUGAGACGAGCGAGCUGGCAAAUCUGUCUAACCAGGUCGGCACGUUGUCGAAGCAGAUGCAAGAUGUCCAAAGACAGCGCGCUACCACCCAAAAUGAGUUGAGCCAGGCAAGUUCUCAAAAGCAUGAAUUUGAAACUCGUCUUUCCCAGCUUCGUGCUCUAUAUGAGCAAGAAGUCAAAGAUGUCAGAAGCUUGGAGGAACGACUCACUACAUCUCGGAAUGAGACGAAGAAGCUACAGACAGAGAUUGCCAUGAUCGAAGCAAGUCAUGGGGAUCUUCAAAAUCAACAUCGACAGAUUAUCACUGCAUUACAGGCAGACCAGCAAGAGAAUGCAAAUUUGAAGGAGCGUAUGAGAAUUGUAAAUGCUGAGGUUGCACAAUUGAAGCCAGUAUUGGAGAAGCUUAGGUCAGAUGCUCGUCAACAAAAAGGAUUGGUUGCAAUUAACAAAAAGCAGCUUGCAACAAAUGAAGGGGAAAGAGAUAAACUGAAGGCAGAAGCUGAGGAACUGCAAAAGAGUAUCGAGAUAGACACGAAAACACUAGCAGCUGCCUCGAAAGUGCAAACCCAAUCCCAGAGCCCUGCGCCGGUUGCUAGCCCAGCACUUUCUACCAUGAGCGCCAACAACCCUUUCUUCCGUCGCCAAGGUAGCAGCACCGACAUGUCAAACUCUCCUUUUGCGGCAUCGCCAAGCGGAAACCAACAAACCGACCGGUCCUUCGAGAAUGUUUUUGGCCCAUCCUUUGGGGCUGGUGCCACUGAAGCUCCUCAAACAGGCUUAAGGAAAGAUGGUGUUCGCUCACCGUCGAUCGGAUCUGCGUCUGCAAUGCCGGUCCGUACACACACAACGGGGGGAAGCGGUUUCGGUUCCAUGUCAUCUUCGCCACCAUCAACAGCCAACCGGGAGGUCUCUCAAGCUACAGCUCCACCUCCGCCUCCCGAGUCAAGGCAAAUUAGCUCUAGUUUCUUACCAUUUCCCUCGCACGAAGAAUCCAUGACUUCCUCACGUCAAGUUUCGGCUCCUGCUAGCAGAUCCGGAGAAGGUUCUCCUGGCGUUGAUACACCGACAAAUUAUGUAGGAGCAACACCAACAGGCUCAUCUGCUGCGGGUCCCCCAGAAACCGCCAGAGCUGUGUCUCCCAGCCUCGAUCGCAAUUCAAACUCUUCUCCCGCAGGACUUGAUCACAAGAACUCUGUUCCUGGAGCAUUUCCAGGCGACUCAAACUCUGCAAUCGCGGCAACUCCUACAGGUGGAAGCACGUUGAGCGAUACUGCAAGUGAUCCAUUCGCCAAAGCUCCAGAAAGAAUCGGAACCGCUAAAGAUGAUUUCGAUUCUGCAUUCGCCGGGUUUGGAGGUGUCGCCAAGAAACAAGAACGCAUGAACACCGGCGGCUCUUCCGCAUCAGGCUCAGUAGCUGCCACUGGAUUCAACAAAGAGUUUCCACCAAUCGCAGAGUUGGCAGACGACGAAGACACUGAUAGUGAGAGUGGAGGCUUUGAUGACGACUUUGCCCCUGCUUCUCCAGGCGAUUCCCGAAAGAUCAGCGACUCCCAAGCACUUGCUCCACCCAACAGCGGAGCCGACACAUUGGCCGUGAGACCUGCUGCUGUAUCACAACUAUCGUCUGCAGCUGGUAUGGGUAGCAGCCCACCAACGCCCAACGCUCAAGCCUCGCCACCUUCAUACAGCAACACCAUUUCUUCUACGGACCAAGCGCACGCGGAGGCACAGGCAUAUAUCGGAUUGAUUCCCUCGCGCGAUAUUUUGAGCUCACCAACUGAUGGGGCAUCGGAUCAGCCCCCAAGCUCUUUCCCCACAGUACAAACAUCUCUCAGAGCUCCGCAGGUUUCGUCGUCUCAGCCGGUCGCUCCCCCAAAGAUACCCUUCGAUGAUGACUUUGACGACUUUGAUGGACUAGAAGACGCCAAGGAAGCCGAAGCCGAUGAUGAAUUUGCAAACAACAGCUCUCUUAGCCACGACCGUUCUGGGUCGCACGACUUCAACCCCAUGUUCGACAGCCCUCAAACUGCUAAAGGUCAAGAACACGCCAGUCAGGGAAACGGCUCUGGCAGUAAAAACAACGCUUUUGGAGAUUACAAUCCGUCACCCGUCACUGUUCAGCCAUCGAACAAUGCUGCGGCAAUUAACGAUAACCAAGACUGGGACGCAAUAUUUGCUGGCCUUGAAGAUCCAGCCCCGGCAGCAGCGGGUCCCCCAAAGCCUGUUGAAGCCACCAACGGCACCAGCACCAGUCCACCUCAUGAGCGCCCGCAAAUUGGCAGAGCUCUCACGGAAGCUGGUGUGCAUGACGAUCCUAUAUUGAAGAAUCUGACGAGCAUGGGUUACAACAGGAACGAGUCUUUGGCUGCGCUAGAGAAGUACGACUAUAAUUUAGAGAGAGCUGCGAAUUACCUCGCCAGUCAGUCUUGA